AGGAUUUCAUAUCGUUAUAUUUGUAAUCCUAUUUGUGUUAGCAUCCCUUUCGCGUGUUAGUUGUAGAGUGAUCCCCACCCUCACUCUUCUCUCUCUUCUUCCACAAUAACUUUUCAUUAUAGGACAUCAACCUACUUACAACUACAAUCCGAAACCAUACUUACUACUUAUCAUCUGCCACGUAUUAUCCCGUUCCCCUUGACAAGAUGGCUUCUAUCUACGUUGCUAUCCGCGUGCGGCCUUUUGUGCCUCGGGAGAAGAAGGCCAAGGAGGAGAGCUGUUUGGAGUGCGGGUCGACGGACAUCAAGCUCGUGAAUAAGGCAACCGGGAAUGUGCAGAGCUUCGCUUUGGAUGAAAUCUGGGACUCCUCUUGCGACCCCACGAGUUCCAGCUUCGCAUCCCAAGCCACCUGCUACGUCAACAUGGGUAAAAAACGCCUUCUUACCGAAGUCCGCGAUGGUUUCAACUGUUCUCUCUUUGCCUACGGCCAGACUGGUUCCGGAAAGACGACCUCGAUUAUGGGUGAGAUGAACCCGCCAGAAGAGCGAGGUAUUCUGCCGCGAGUAUUGCACGACUUGUUCGACUUCUGGGGUCAGAAGAGGAAGGAGGGGUGGACAAUCGACGUACGAGUCAGGAUGAUGGAGAUUUACAACGAGAGGAUAAACGAUUUGCUCAGACCACAUGCACAUGGUACUAAUCUACAACGAAAGAAUAAGCGAUCUUUUGAGACCACAUGGUUGUACUAAAAAUCUACAACGAAAGAAUAAGCGAUCUUUUGAGACCACAUGGUAGUUAUUCUAUUUUAACAUGUACUAACUUGCAUUUAAUAUGGUGCGCAGUACGUAGUUUUAGCUUAUUGUGCUGGUCAUUUUCUAUUUGUUGUACUAGCUUGCGCCUACCACAACCUUCACCUGGCAUUAAAUAGUGACUAAACGAGGUGAAGAUCAAGAAUCGAUACAAUCAUGUUUUCAGUUUUCUACUGGUUUAUCUCUCGUGUACGUAUCAACAUGAACAUCUUCACGGCCCAGUAUAUUUUCCACUUCCACCAGAUACUCCGGGCAAGGCGCAGAAGAAGCUGGACGUGCGUAUGCAUCCAAAAUUGGGCGUCUACGUUCCAGAUUUGACCAUCAAUGCAGUUGAGACCGUGGAAGACUGUGUCCAUCUCCUGGAGUACGGUGUCACCAUGAAGACCGUCGCCGCGACGCAGAUGAACGCGCAAUCCUCUCGUGGUCACACCAUUUUCGCGAUGAAGGUCGAGAAGGAUGUGAAGGAGGGCUUCACGGAGAGACACGAGACCAACGAACUGUUCAUUGUCGAUCUGGCGGGACGCGAGAACGAGCGAACCACUUUAGCCACAGGUGAACGCUUGGUGGAGUUGAGCUUCAUCAACAAGAGUUUGUUCCACUUGGCAAACUGCAUUCACGCCUUAGGUGCUGCGACGGAAGCUGCCGCCGCAAAAGCGGAGAAGAAAGCCGCACCAAGCGGCGCCCACGCCAAAGUGGCACAGACUCAGCGUGAUAUUUCCCAAGCUAACUUCCGAAACAGCAAGUUGACUCUAUUGCUCUCUGAGGCUUUAUCCGGCAACUCGAAGACGUAUAUGAUCGGCACUCUGUCUCCAGCCGUAUCCGCUUUUGAGGAGAACCAAGUCACGCUACGCUUCGCUGCCACGGUCAAAAAUAUCAAGCUGAAAGCCUCGAAAAUCGAGGGCUCGAAGACGGAUCAAGUCGCUGCAUUGGAUGCGGAGGUGAAGCGCCUCCGCGACCAGUUGGCGAACGCUCCUAAGGUGGCCGGUCGUGUUGAUGAGUUCGCGGUUCGCGACUUGAAGGAACAGUUGGAUGCCACCCACGCAGCUCUGGCUGAGAAGAACAAGAGCUGGCAAGAUGCCCGAUCUGAAGCUGAGGCACACGCGGAACAGCGUAACAAGAUGCUGAAGAAGCUAGGACUUGAGAAGAUGAAGUAUCAGCAGCAGCUGGCCAAAAUGCGCGAGCAAUUCAUUCAACCAGUGCCGUACAUUUCGAACGAGAGCUCCGAUCCGCACAUGACUGGUCGCAUUGUCUACUCCUUCGCGAAGGGUGGCAGCUUUUUCCUCGGGAGCGACGUGGACGUUCUGGAGAAAUACGCCCAACAAAUGUCUCUCAACGCGUCUGGGGGACGUCGUCAUCACGGCAGCAUCAAAGACGUUGAUGACGACGAUGACGACGGCAUGGGAUCCACGAAGUGCAUCCAGGUUCGAGGCUUGGGUAUUUCUCCCAAACUAGCACGAUUUGACGCUGAGAUCAUCGAGACGGCUCGACCUUCGAAGAAGGACGCAACAUCUGAGGAGAAGAAGGGGAAGGAAGCCGAGAUCGACAAUUUAUUGGAGUCCUUGGAGGGAGAUGAUCAGGCGGCGAAGCGGAAAGUGAAGCUGACGCUCACCAGAAUCUCGGGUGAAGGCGUGGUGAUGCUGAACAAUGAGGCUUUGCCAGUGGGCGAGCCGCACGAGUGCAAACAGGGAGACAAAGUGGUUUUGGGGUACUUGAAGAUCUACAUCAACGAGUCAUGAUGUUUGUUCAUCUUGUUGCUUGGAGAAUUUUAAUAUGAAGAAGAUUGUUUUGAUGUCACAUGCAGCCUAAGAGCUGAUAGCGACGAGGACUUCUUCCAUCUUAAUUGACGAAGAGGACGAGUUUUACUUAUUAUUCAUCUCACUGGGACUUAUUUUGGUUGAUUCUUUCUCGUUUUACAGUGUAUGUCUCUGGGCGAUACAAACUACUUCUGCCUCUCCAACCCAGCAUUUGAUCAACAUUACAUCAGACGCGCGCACAUUUUCCGGUGUUACGUGGACGAAGCUGAGGGCGACAAGAAGUUGCAUGAGCGUGGUACCAACGGUUGUCAGACACCCCGUCAGCGACGAUCCCAGUACAACACCUCCGAAUCGAUUGAAAAAUGUAUCAAGGAUCUCCUCGGUGAGGACAGCGCCACUGAUCAGACCAAGGUCUACCUUGCAAAAGUGUACUUAGCUAGUUUGAAGAACCUGUCCAUCGACCAAGAACCUCGCGUGUACCGCUUUCUCUAUGAAGCCAAGAAGACCAAGCACUUGGUUGACGAAGCGAAUGAGAUCACGCACGCUGUGCGACCGCAAGACAACCUGCGAUUCGAGUUGGACACUAUGGCACCAGCCUUGUUUACGGGGUAUCCGUCGGCUAACUAUAUGCCGCAGUUGUUGAUUCGCGUCAUUCGGUUGUUGACGCCAGCCCAGAAGCGUUGGCAUAACAUUCGCGACCGCAUUCACUUCGCAAAAGGAGCAUUGUUGCAGGUGAGUUUUUUUGUUUGGUCAUACCUUCCUCCUCUUGGUUCAGGCAUUUGUACCGUCGUGAUUGGUUGACAAGUUUGGAAGGAACCUUGAGUUUUGAAUGACUUAAGCGUGGUCCAUGUAAUCCUCCUAGUAGUGAAGCUGGUAGAAGAACAUGAAAUCUUCAAAUUUCCUCUAUCUCUUAAUACUUCUUCAGGCAUCCCACCUCCAAGAAUACGAUGAAUUGCACGCUCACGCUACCGAUCGCGAGGAGGACGAGCAUGAAGUUUUGUUCGUUUGGUCUAUUACCAAAUUUUUGGGUCGUUUGGACAUGAUGCGAGAUAUUUAUCAUAACUGGAUGUCUGGCGUUUCCUUCUUUGUGGACCUCAAAGAAGACCCUUGGGUCGAGGCUGGACCCGUGGAGAUGGAAUUCUGGCUGCGUGAGAAGGAAGAGGAAAAGAUGAAGGACAUCCAGAAGUUCACCGAUUUGUUGAAUUUGACUCGGAAGGAAGCCAGGAGUUUGAAGAACGAUAAAGAAGCACUGGAGACGAAGAUGCAGAAGAUGGAAAAGGCCGUUGCUGUGGCGAACAAACAGCAAUUGGAACUGAAGAAGUUGGAGAAUCAACAAGGCACGAUGUCCGAGAUGCAACUUGUGCAGUUAAAUGCGCAGAAGAAGGCUGAAAUCGAUGUUUUGACCCAGGAGAACGAAAAACUCCGAAGGGAGAAUGAGGACCUGAAAAAGACCGGUGCUGGCGAUGACGGAACUAGCGGCAAGGGUGAGAAGAAAGUGAAAGAGCUGAAACAGCAAUUCAUCGAUGAAAAAUACAAGAUGCUUGAUCGUUUCACUGCUGAGAAAGAAGCGCUCAAAGAAGAAUUGGAAAAACGCUUGAAUGAGUUCAAGAAGAAGUUCGAGGUUGAACGUAAGAACGUUUUGCGAGAUGCAGAAAACGACAAGAUCGCCUUGAAGCACGCGUUUGAACAGGAGAAGACGAACAUGCGCAAGCAGUUCAAGGACGAUUUGGAAGCGAUUCGGAAGGUAGAGCAGGACGAAAUGCAGUCACGAUACGAGCAACAUGAACAACAGAUUUCAAUGCUCAAUGAGUUGCUCGCAGAGGCCAUGGCGAAGGGAGGAAACGCGGCGAAUGGGGAUGAUGUGCGAGGAUCGGUGAAACACAAGACCUCCACAGGGGGGCGACCGGCGUCAUCAGUGGGCGCGAGAAGAGAGGGUAGCGCGAUACCACCCGCGGCGGCGAAAAAACCAUCAAAUCGGGUUUAA